GAUAAGACUAUUGGCAGUGGCUGCUCAGAUGCUGCAGGAGGAGAAGGAGCAGAAGAUUCAGGAGAGAGAAGCUGCUCUGGCCGACAGAGUUCCUCUGUUAAGUAUGUCUGGUCUGUCAGUGCAGGAACUGCUGGAUCUUUGCAAAGAUUUGUAUCACAAGAUUGAUGUGGUGGAUGACGAGCGGUAUGAUAUUGGCCUGAAGGUGUCUAAAAAUGACUUUGAGAUGGACAACAUGAAUCUGAAGAUCAUUGAGAUUCAGAGUAAGUUCAAGAAGCCGACCCUGAAGAGAGUGAAGAUCUCAGCUGAAGCCAUGCUGAGCGUUCUGCUGGGCUCCAAACACAAAGAAACCAUCGACUUCAAGGCCAACCUCAAAACUGUCAAGAAGGAAGAGGAAAAGAAAGAGGAAGUCACUGACUGGCGUAAGAACGUGGAGUCCAUGUCCGGUAUGGAGGGCAGGAAGAAGCUGUUUAAUGCUGGCCAGUAGAAUCGCAGAACAUCAACGUGAAGGUGUUUGGUGCUCUGAAAAGGUGGAACCAACAGGGAACAAGAACACCUUUCUGUCACUAAACGCUUUGUUUUGGUCAUGUGGUGACUGUUUGCUGCAGUUCUCCUCUGCAGCCUUGUGAUGGCAGCAUAACUCUUUAAACCGUCUCAGGGUACUCAGACACACAAGUGUGUCGACUAUUGAAGAAAUAUUGUUUGUUGCUGUUAACUCACCUCUGCUACUUUGUUAUCUGCUGUGAUGAAUUAAUCUCAAGCUUGUCAGAUAUCUUAAAAAAUAUUAUGAUAAAAAGUUAUUACAGAAAAUCUAUCUUAAAUAAUUGCAGUGCUCAUGUGUUAUCUUGAU